GCUUUAAAAAGGCAGAAAUGAUCAGGUUUCACAUAUCAUUCUACAGGAAAUCACACACACAGUGUUUGGGACUAUGGCUUCCACCACCAUGGGCGAUGUUCUGCCUACAGGCGGCAGGGUCUUUACAUCCAUCCCCGACCUGUUCUUCAUCCCUGAGUUUGUGUUCGGAGGUCUGGUUUGGAUGCUGGUGGCAUCGGCUGGGUUUGAACCUGUUGUCGUGAAUGUGAUGGGCUGGGUGAUGUUCGUGUCCGUCUUCUGCUUCGUGAUGACGACACUCUGGUUCUUCAUCUUCCUCUGUGGAUGCAAUCGGAGCAGCAGCUGGCCCGCCCUGGAUGUGGGUUAUCAUUUUGUUGCGACGGUGUUCUACCUCAGUGCGUCAGUGCCGCUGGCCUUCAUCACGGUCCUGGAGGGCCAGGGUUUAGCAGCAUUAGCGCCUGUGCCGGGGGUGGACCCAUUUUUCCUCAGGGAAGCUCGCAAGAUCUACAAGCUGCACAUUGCUGCAGUGGUGAUGUCCUAUUUGGCCACUCUUUUCUACUUCAUCCAUACCAUUUUCUCUGCCAUUCGAUGGAAGAGGUCCUAAAGAAACCAAAUAACCAGCUGACCUGUCAUUGGAGGAACAACAGAAUUGCUUUUUGUUGUUGUUGUGUCUCUUAAUUUCAAGGUCAACAUGAGUUACUUUAAAAGAAAACAACUAAAUGCCAAAUAUCAAAUGAAGGAGUGAAAAGGUAAACAACCAGAAUAUUGCUAAAUGUUAUUUGUUUAUUGGUCUUGUUAUCAAAAACUCUGCCCAAAAAAUAUUAUUAAAAAAUAUGUAAUUACCCCACAAUUCUAUAAUCAGUAUGGCAGCAGUUUCAUCAGAAGGUAAAGAAGACUGAAAAGUUAAAAUAUGUUUGCAAAACAAAAAGAUAUAUAUAAUAUAUUAGAAAAAAACAGUAGUAUAAGGUAAAUGUGUGUCAAUAACUAAUUCAACCAAAGAUGUAAUAACAUUUCCAGGAGCAGGAUAUACAUUAUGAUAUUUUUCAAGUUCAGAACACAUUUCUUUUCAUCGCUCUGCAAAAUUUGAAUAAAGUGUCGUUGGCUUUAGGUGGUUUUGCUGUACAGGUAAAAGGACCAAUGACCCCCCCGAACUUAUGGUGUAAGACAAAGUAUUUGACUUUUCACAAUCGUCAGGCAGUAAACAUUUCUACAAACCAAACUGUCAUUAAAACAUUUCAUCCACAUUUAAUAGCAGAUCUUAGCACAUUUAAAAUGCUUGUACUGAUAAAAACCUGAAACCUUGAAUAUUUAAAACUUGUUCUCCAUCUUGUUUUCUCCAUGUUUACAAUGAGCAAAAGCUUAAUGUAUAAUAGAUAAACUCUCCUCCGUACCCCCUUUUUUAAAAUUACAUUUUGAUACAAGUUUUUUCUUUUCUUUCUGUUUAGAUAUACAGUAUGUUUGGAUGUUUCCACAUGAUUUAUCAUUUGAAUUUGAAUGAAAAUUAUUUCACUUUACAGGUGUCUUUCUAUGUGAAAUCUUUGAAAAUAAAUUGAUUGGACAUUAA